AUGAAGUCUGUCAUCAUUACUGGGUUCAUAGUCCCAAUCUUCAUCAGCUGCACGCCAUUAUAUACGCUCCUUCACACCGAGGAGCACCGAUCUGCUCACCAUGUUGUCUAACUACAUCAUCUCUUGACGAAAUUCGUUUUUGACGAAAUUCAUUGCUCAGCAGCUGGGUGAGCUCCAACACUGCAGACGAAACCAAGGCGUGUGCGAAGUACGUGAGCUUUACUUCUCGGUGCGGCCACCAGGUCGAAGCCCUGACUACUGUCUCGUCAAGGCCGUUCCUUUUCCCUCGUCAAGGGCGGGUCCCUUUCCCUUUCACUCGUACGGCUUCACUUCAUUCACUACCUCCGCUGCCAUCGGCAACAUUCCCGUUCGGAUCGGAUUCAAGUUCAACAACGCGCCCCACUACUAUUCAAUUCCGUUUCAACUCCCCUUCUGA